AUGGCAGACCAGGUAGAUUGCGACCAAAAGUGCCGCUCGGGAAAGGCAAAAGACUUACUUCCAUGUGCCCGUCAUGAGGAGGUUGACUUCUACCCAAAGUUCAACUCGUCCAAAGACAAAUCGGUGCUCAACAUUCUGUUCGAUGAGAAGUACCUGACCACACCAGACCAUUAUUAUAUCACUCCCACGCUGACCAAAAAUCUCAAUGUGGAUGCAAUCAUCAGCAAUUAUUACUCAAGGUUUCAUUACUGUCAUCCCUUCAUGCCGCAAAAAGAAAACAUUAGAGAGUAUCUGGACAGCAUCCCACACAAAUAUGACCUUCUGCUAGCGAUGAAACUCAUUGGAGAUGGACAAACACAGACAACCUACGCAAAGGAUGUGGAAACAGUGAACUACUUGGUAACCACUAUACUUGACUAUUCAAAGCAGGUCGGACGCGACUUCGUCACGUUGCAGUCUGUGCUGUUGUUAGCAAUGGCAUCCCAUAUAUCUUCUUUACACGAUAUCAGUCAAAGUCUGUUGCAGUGUGUCGUCUCUCUUGCCCUGGAGCUCGAACUCAAUAUGGUUGACCGCGAUGCGGUUCCCGAAGUGUUUAUGGACGUGAAUGGAUUUGUUACCGAAAGAGAAUCAAAAGCCAAUGGACAUCUGGAUGUCAUUCAGAAACUGCUUUCGGCCCCUCGAACAUCGAAGGUUCCUCGAUCCGUCAUGGAAAACACCGCGAGACGGACGUUUUGGGAGUUGUACUUUUUCGACACGAUAAGCGGCACUGCUUCCGGCAGGACGACAUCGGCCCUCUCAACGAAAACGGUCCUUACGCUGUUCCCCAAGGACAUCCCCCAAAAGGUGUUUGAUUUCAAAAGCCGAGCAGAGUGCUGUAAAUUGGUGAAUGACUCUAUCAAGCUAAAUAUGGCAAUUCAGGACGACAAAGACUACAAAAAGGAUCUACAGCACUUAAAGGCUGCCAUCGGCAACUGGGACUUGAGGAUUGAAGAUCCAGACUCGUACAACUCGCCAUAUCUGGUCAACUCCAGCGGAUUCGUCAAUGAAGGUGUCCACCAAGCUGUCAUGCUUGUGAACUAUGCGAAGAUCUUCAUGCACAGACCUUUCUCCUAUCUUUGGAGGACGGAUGUCGCCAGAAAGCUGAAGGAUGGAGAAGAUGAUGGCAGAGAGCCGCAUCUUGAUGCUCCGGCCAGGCACGAAGCAGACUCGCGAAAAAUCAUCGAGACGAGGAGAACGAUCGAUUCUGCUUCGUCGGUGGUCAAACUGCUUUUAGACACCAACCCGGCUAAGAUUCUGGAUAGAACGCCAUUCUUCGCUUGUUCGUUGGCCUUCUCCUGCCUCGUUCACCUGAGCGCAUACUCCUGGGUUGAAACAAGCCUUUCCGCGGUCGAUAAAAAUUCUAAGGGACUCAGUUUAUUACGUGACAGCGUUAGUGCAGACGAGUUGGAAACGUACACGGAGUACAUCAAACUCGAGCUGGGUGGGAUAUUUCAGAUAUCCAGACAUUGGGCAUUAUCGUCCAAACUUGUCCAGCAUAUCAAAGAUACUCUGAGAAAAGUGUCACCAAAGCUCUUUGUCAAAGUGCAGACAAGCUUGCCUGAGUCGCAUGCGCAUGUGGAGGUGGAUCCCGUGGAUCAUGAAAAUCCCGUGGCUCCCGAAGAAAAAUCAACCACGUCUAAUAGCAGCGACAGCAACAAUUUUCCUACGACUCCAUUUUACGACCUACCGGUUGACGAAAUCGACUUUAAUCAGUACGAAGCAGGAUUCAUGGAUCUGCCCUUAGAAGGGUCAGAACCUGACACCGGCUGCGGCUGGGUCGACAAAAGCGGUUUCGAAUUCGAGGAUUUUCUUGUUCAAUAA